AUGAUGGACGGGGAAAGUCCAUCGGAAGUUUACCUCUUCAUUCUGCCGAUCAUUGUCACACUGGGCUUAGGCGGGAAUAUCAUCUCCCUUGUCACCAUCUUUCAUUCACGAUUACGACAUAUUUCCGCAAAUGUUUAUUUAAUUGUGCUCACCGCUGCGGACAGUGUUUUCCUCUUUGGUGUUCUUUUAAUAUGUUUUAAGAUUGAUUUCGUUUCUUGGGAAUGGUGUGUUUUCGUCGAAUACAUCCUAAUGGUCGCUUCCUACGUUUCUUCGUGGGCAACAGCUGCGUUGACAAUUGAGCGUUAUUUGGCUAUCGCUCAUCCAUUGAAACACGUGAUGUUCGGUCAUGUGGAUCGCUGGAAAAUGCUCAUCUACUGGCUGCCAAUUCCUUUCAUUUUACAUCUAUUUCAGUUCAUCAACCUUGUCCCAAGUCCGGCCAACGCGGUGGACAGUCGGAAAUGCGUGCUGCGAGAGGCUGAUUAUCAGGUUGUUUCUGAAUUCCUGGACGUUCUCCUAUGCUUCGUUCUACCUUGUGCCGUCGUCGUGAUUCUCAAUCUUCUCGUAAUGGGAAAAGUGAAUCGAGAAAGAGGACAUUUCCUCGAACAACAAGGGAAACAAUUGGAGGGAAGAAGACAAGGCGGCUCAGGUUCUGGUGGUUUCACUCGAAUUCUCUGGGUUGUACCGAUGGUGUUCGUCAUUUUAAACACUCCUUUCUAUUGUAUUCGAAUGUACGAGGCAUUUCUCGUUUACUUUACGACAGCCACCGCCCCAUCAGUGGAAGCUGAAACGGAGGGGCAAUCGUUGUAUCAUACAGUCUACAACGCGGCUCAUUACCUUUACUAUAUCAAUUUCGCCUCAGACGUUGUCGUUUACGCGUUUUCAAGCGCAAACUUCCGGAAAACAGUGGUAAUUGCUUGGCGACGGAUCAUUUGUCCUGGAUAUGACAAGUCAAGAGUGGCAAAGUACACAAUCACUCUACAAGAUGCGACGAAAACACAGGGCUUUUUCAAGGAGCAAGAGGCAUCGACGAGAAGCUGUUUGAUCAGCAACUCAACGGUUGCUCACCCAGCACGCAGAACACUUUCGCAAAAGGAAUCAGUGCAUCCCCGAAGCCUGCCUGAGAGUCACUCGGAUGCCGACAUUCGCAUGAUCAAAAGCCCUUCUAAACCACCACACAGUCUUUCCUCAAUCGUUCACUAUCAUCACGAUUUGGAGGAGAAUGUCGGGAAUGGAUCGACUGCAUUU